CUUCUAUUAAAUAAGGCUAGUGAACUUAAUUUACCCUCUCUCUGAAGCGUUGUUUGGACAUCGCAGAGGAUUUUUGCAGGAUCUGGUGUAUAAAACUAUUUAAAACAUGUCUGACAAAGUAGUUCUGUACUAUUUCAAUGGAAGGGGGAAAAUGGAGUCAAUCCGUUGGCUUCUGACGGUGGCAAAUGUUGAGUUUGAAGAGGUUUUCCUUACAACCCGCGAUCAGUAUCUGAAACUUCUCGAUGAUGGAGCGCUCAUGUUUCAACAGGUUCCUUUAGUUGAAAUGGACGGUAUGAAACUUGUUCAAACUAAGGCGAUAUUGCAAUACAUAGGAGAGAAGUACAAUCUUCAUGGGAAAAAUCCUAAAGAGAAAGUCAUGGUCAACAUGUAUGCAGAGGGAUUAAUGGACCUUAUGGAAAUGAUGAUGACCCUGCCAUUUUCUGCAGACCCCUCCGCAAAACUUAAAACAAUUGAAACCAAGUCUAAUGAGCGUUACCUGCCUGUAUUUGAAAAGGCACUGUCAGGACAGGUCUACUUGGUUGGAAACAAACUAACGUGUGCUGAUGUGCUGCUGCUGGAAUGCAUACUGAUGCUGGAGGAGAAAUUUCCACAAAUCCUCUCCAACUUCUCAAACAUUAAGGCUUUUCAGGGGAGGAUGACCAAAAUUGAAGCAGUUCACAAGUUUCUGCAGCCUGGCAGUCAGAGGAAACCACAACCUGAUGAAAACUAUGUGAAGACUGUUAUGGAAGUGUUUGCUCUCCCCAAGUUACCAUUGUUGUAAACAUAUCAAACGUUGAAAAAAUUGUUACUAACGUCAUAGCUAGUUCACUGUCAUUCACCAUCAAGACAUUCAAUCAUUAUAUGCUUUGUAAAUGUAAAUAAAAAGAAAGCAUAGUAAAACAGUUGUUUCAUCAGUGUCCACUGUCUUUAUAUAAAAGUUAUU